AUGCAGGAUUCGACAACGGGACAAGAUGUUGAGGCGAUCAUUGCGGCGCUUGAGGCGAACGUCAAUGUCAUGCAACAUACGGAGUAUCGGGAACUAUUAGAGAGGCUCUUACAUCACACUCGGACUACAGAUGAUAGCUACCUUUACCCAUUGUUCACCAAACGCGGGGUGCAGGUCCUCAGCAGCCAUGCUCUCGACGAUCGUACACCCAACUAUCGCAUUGCCUUGCGUUGUCUGAACAAUGUCCUUGCUCGUUCAAUACCGACUAGACAAAUAUUUGUUGACGAAGACUACCCAGAAAGAGUGGUGAAUCUAAUGAAGAUUGGCACUCCUGAUGAUGAGUUGGCCACGGCCAGUUUGCUCCUUCACAGCUCAGUCCAUACCACCUUAGAUCUCACAACGAGCUUUGAACACUAUGACCUCGCCGAUACCAUCAACAAGAAUAUCUUGCGCCAUGCGCAGCUGUCAACCAUAACAACAGACGAACCUGCAUCGGCUCUUGCUAGCCUCAGAUUACUGUCCACAUUGGCUAUACAAUAUGAAGCGCAGGCGCACCGAUUUCUCCCGACCCUGCACCCGAUCCUAGACAUGCUAAGCACAGCUGCUAUACUAUCACCGCCUCUACAGCCCCCCGUCUCACUAUUGGUGUCUUGUCUCGCUUCUAUUCCCAUUGAGCAGGCCCGCUCGUUCUCUGAUUCUGGGGUAGACAGAUUGAUGCACAUCUUGCUGUUGGCACUUGACUCGGCACCCCCUCCUAGGGAGAAAGAACUUUUGCCAUUGUUUAUGGCUCUUCUUCGUAUUGCGCAAUCUGGACUCUCCCGGACGCGGGAAAGACUAUCUGAACAUCUCUUGCCCACUAGCAAUGACCGAGACGAGCCUCUAGGGAAAGGCGUGUCCUUGCCCCACCGGGUGCUGAAGCUUUCUGGUUCUUCUGUAGAAGCAGAGUUGCGUGAGCUAAUUCUCCUGGUGUUCUUCGCACUGUCCGACAGAGACCCAGCCCGAUUUGUACGGCAAGUAGGCUACGGCAACGCAGCAGGCUUCAUGGCCGCCAAGGGCAUACAUUUCCCGCAGGACGAGUUGGAGAGGUCCCAAGAGUCGGAAAGCGGUCACGACUUCAAUCCUGUCACUGGUCAAAAUUGGCAUUCAGAAUCUGAUCAACUGCUCACUCCAAUGUCAGCGGAAGAGAGAGAGCGCGAAGCUGAGAGGUUGUUUGUUCUAUUCGAACGAUUGAGAUCGACUGGCGUAGUCGACGUCGAAAACCCGGUGGCUCAAAUGCAGCGUACUGGUCAGCUCGAGGAGCUUCCUGAUGAUACAUCCGAAUGA